AGAAGAACUUUCCUUCGAAUAUAAGCAUGCUCUACACGUUGCUGUUGCUGGUGAUCCUACUGUUGCUGCUGUUUCACCUGGGAACGCGAAAACCGGAAGGAUAUCCUCCAGGUCCAAAAUGGUGGCCCAUAUUAGGCUCGGCGGUGGAGAUCGCGCGUCUUCGCGAGAAGACCGGCUUUCUUUUCAAAACCUGUUCCGCGCUCUGCGAGAAGUACGGGCCGGUGGUGGGCCUGAAGAUCGGCGUCGAUCGUAUGGUGGUGCUGAACGACUACGAGAGCAUCCGGUCGAUGCUGGCCAACGAGGACUGCGACGGAAGGCCGAUCGGUCCUGUUUACGAAACGAGAACUUUCGGCGCAAGGAGAGGUCUGAUCGUCGUGGACGAGAACCUGUGGGUCGAGCAAAGGAGGUUCGUUCUGAAGCAACUCCGCGAGUUCGGCUUCGGCCGGAAGAGCAUGGCCGUGAUCAUCGAGGAAGAGACUCGAUGGCUGAUCGAACACUUCAAGAAGCUGAUCAGCGUCGAGCUGGAUAAUAAAAUCAAGGCCGAAUCGGCGGAGUCCAGGUGCAACAACAACGUGGAGGACGACGGGAAGAUUUACAAGCUGAUCGAAACAAACGCGCCGGAGAAAUCGGCGAACGAGCCGCGCGCGAAGACGGAGAAGCCGUUGAAAGCGUCCGACAUGUACGUCGACGCUAACGAGUAUCCGGAAGUGAGGAGGAUGGCUGGAUCGAAUCCUGGGAUAGUGAUCCCGAUGCAUGAUGCGUUCGGUGUUACGGUUCUGAAUACACUGUGGAGAAUGAUGGCUGGUAAAAGGUUCGACGUGGAUCACCCGGAAUUGAAUUAUCUUCAACGGAUCCUGUCUAAGCUGAUGAGGAACAUCGACAUGGUCGGGGCGCCUUUCGGUCACUUCCCGUUCCUAAGAUUCAUCGCGCCGGAGUUGUCCGGUUACAAGUCCUUCCUGGAGAUUCAUCAGGAGCUUUGGAAGUUCUUACAGGAGGAAUUGGAUAAUCACAAAAAUACUUUCAAGCCAGAUUCGCCCAGAGAUUUGAUGGACGUCUACCUGGGUGUUCUUAAAUCCGAGAACUACAGCAGCACAUUUUCAGAGUCCCAGCUGCUGGCGAUCUGCGUGGACCUCUUCAUGGCAGGGUCCGAGACCACAUCGAACACGCUUGCGUUUUUCUUUCUGAACAUAAUUCUCUAUCCGAGCGUCCAGGCUAAGGCCCACGAAGAAAUCGACAGAGUAGUUGGUCGAGAUCGAUUCCCGACUCUGGAGGAUAGACCAAACAUGCCGUACAUGACCGCUAUCGUCCUAGAGUCUCUGAGGCUAUUCAUGGGUCGGACACUGAACGUGCCCCAUAGAGCGCUGAGGGACACCACCAUUUUGGGCUAUAAAAUACCGAAAGAUACGAUGCUGAUCGUGAACUUCAACGGGAUACUGAUGGACGAAUCCUGGGGUGAUCCUGAAGUUUUCAGACCAGAGAGAUUCAUCGAUGAAUCGGGCAACAUCGUUACCCCGAACACGUAUUUUCCGUUUAGCAUUGGGAGACAUCGUUGUAUGGGAGAAACAUUGGCGAAGAGCAACUUGUUCAUCAUAAUCACCGCGCUGCUACAACAGUUCACAUUCUCAACGGUGCCUGGCGAAAGGAAACCAUCUCACAAUGAGAUUUCCGAUGGAGUUACGUCUAGUCCUAACCCGUAUAGGGUGUUGAUUUCUCUGAGAACGUAAUUACCAUUCUAUCGAAUCGUUUAGGAUAUUUAAGUAAUUAAACGUUCACUUGAUUUAAUAUUAAUGCGAAUUGAUUCGAAGUUUCUUAAUUGAUCUGACUGGUGUAGAUAGUACAAGUUCUAUGGAAACGAGAUAACGUAUACGCGGCGUAUG